AUUGAAGAACUGUCUCUCCAAAAGUGGAUCUCUAUUCACUUUCAGAGGCGAGAUGGAGGGAGGGAUGAAACUAGUGGUUAAGAAGCAUGAUGCCACUAACACUCAAGUAAGGGAGAAAGCGAAGUCAGAAAUCCAAACCAUCCUCAAAGCUAGACAUAAAAAUGUGAUUAUGCUCUUGGGCUCAUCUACAGCAGAAUCUUUCCUGUUUACUGUAUAUGAGUAUGCUUGCAAUGGUUCACUUGACAAGUAUCUAUCAAAAGAAAGCUCCAGACCAUUGAUCUGGAAAGAAAGGAAACGAGUGGUAAUAGGCCUUGCCCGAGGCCUCAAGUAUCUACAUGACAAUAACAUUGUUCAUUGCAAUAUAAAACCAAGCAAUAUUCUUCUAACACAUGACUUCAAUCCACUGAUUGGAGAUUACAACUUUGGGAGAGAACAAGAAUUGAAGUCCUACAAAAAUAAAAACAGAGAGGAUUAUGAAUACGUAGCACCAGAAUUCCAGGAGAAAGGGAAGUUAUCAUCAAAGGCAGAUGUAUACUCUUUUGGUGUAGUUAUUUUAGAGUUGAUCGCAGGGCGAAGGACUACAGAUUUCACGUCAGAACAUAAAAGCCUUGUUGAAUGGGCAAAGCCUCUACUUAAAAAGAAGAAUUACUCAGAAUUGGUGGAUCCCAUAAUCAGAAACUCAUACGAAGAGGAUCACCUUCGUUGGAUGGUCCAAGUAAUAACAGAAUGUUUGGAAAAGAAUCCUAAGAAAAGGUCAUCAAUGAAUAUGGUUGUUUCUGCAUUACAAGGCAUAGCAGACAGUGAACUCGACCACAUGACAGACGAUAUUACUCCAGCUGUAUCAGAUUCGAGAAGUGUGCCAGAAAUAAAUGGUUCUCAAGGUAACAAAUAAAUCCAGAACAAGAAAAAUUAUAAAUACAAUGAGGAAAGCAGAAAAUUGUAGAGGAGUUUAUAGGUGAUUUUAUAGGAAAUUCAAUAAAUUGAAAGUUUUAAAAGGGCUAUUUCAUAAGCUGGAAGAACAUAACAGCCUCCAAAUAAAGAGGGGUGGGAGAGGAUACCCAAUGUAUAUUAGUAAUCUUUAGGUAAAAGAAAGUUUACGUAUGGGAGGGAGGUUAUAGGUUAGACCAUGUAAAAAGAACCCUAUUCUUGGUACGUACAAAAGACAUAACAAUGAAGGACCAAGGGUAGGGAACAAAGCAAAAUCAGAGU